AUGAGGGAGACGCUCAUCCUCGUCCUCCUUUAUAUCGGACUGGCGGUGACGUCAGAUUUAUCGGGGUAUAAGCCCAGGGGCUGGCGUCCUAAUGGCCGGCGUUUUAAUCCCAACAACAAUCGAUUGCAUGCGUAUUACGAUGCCCCGGGAUUACAAAGCUACGAACCCCCGGAUACCGCAACUACCUAUCGCGACCCGUUAUUCACGACGACCACGACAACGCGACCGCGGACCACCACUGUAAAAACCACGACGACGACGACGCCGCGCAGCAGGGAACCGACGACGACGCCGAGCGGACAGCCCGAGGACGAUUUCGAGACGGCGAAUCCGGCGCUGGCGAUCGCGAAUUCUUUCGCGUUCAAUCGGCCUGUGUACGUUUACAAUACCUUCCCAUUUCUACCGGCCCAGAUUAUCGCGUAAUAACGCGAAAUGAAGAAUAUCUGCAUCGCAAAAAUACACAAAUGAAUAAAAAAAGAACUUUCAAUUAUUGACGAAGAAAACUUCGUCGUCGAGAAUCAAAACAUCGAAACUCUUGUCUUUGUCUUUUCAAACACUAUUUUUAUAUUAGGUCUCUUACAACUGUGCAAGAGGUAUUAUUAUAGACAAAUUCACAAAAAUAAAAAGUUAUUUGUAUGAAAUCAUGUCAGUAAAUACAUCAAAAAAUUAUUUUUUAUGACUCUAGAGAAAUAAUCUAUUUAAAAAUUAAUAUAAAUUAUUUGAUGUUUUAAGAUAACACGUACUACAAAUAUCUCAUAUAUUUCGAUCUCUAAUCAAUCAUUUUUAUUUCUCGUUUUUAUAGCGCUCAUUGCACGCUAUUCGCUCUU